AUCUAUUGGAGUAUAUUCCUGCUCACCCCGAGCACCUCUGCUACUACUAACAGGGCUAGGUUCUCAAUAGCUUUUUAUUGGGGAGUCUCGUUCAUUGAUGAAAGGAAAGCCUUCGCCCCCCGCUUCCACCAUUAUCAACUCAAAUUUAAUCUUUUCAAAGUAAUGAUUCCUAUUCCAACAACGAUAUUAAUACUGUCCAAUUACUAGCAAUCAUGUACGCACGCCUGGAAGACAAAGUCAAGGGCAAGGGAAGAAGAGAACAAAAAUGUGGGACUUUUCAGUUUCACUUUAGCAUUACACAAAGAGAAUACUUGAUCAUGCACCGAAGGGGUAAGUGUCUAUCACUGGGACAGGGUAUCCCAGAGUCCAUUGGAUUGUUAGCUGAUCAAAGACGAUACCCCCAAACUAUUGCAUCCUUUUGUGGGCUUGACUGCGGCAGAGAAAACACUACCUGGCCACAUUUAAAGGGAGGGAACGAAAGAAGGAAAAAGGAUAACCUGUGUCAGGUGAUAUUUAAGGCUACAUCUACUUGGAAGUGCUCCCAGGCAAGAGCAAGGGAAGCACAUUAUAUGUAUUCAUUCAAUGAGAUCACAAGGAAAUACAGCGCUGCGAUCAGUCCAUUCUUCCCUUCCUCCCCCGCAACCUUUACCAUCCCCGUGCACAACUAGUCUCUCUGACCCUCCGCAUCGGCUCGCAUGGUGAUGACCAGCAGAAGGGGCCCCAGUUCGCACAUGUGCUGCGCUUUCGGUGUAUUCCACGGACAAUCUUGGUGCAUGGUUAAGAACGACGCACCACAACGGUGUGAGGUGGAAGAAGGCUGGUCGUUGAGAUAGUCGAUGUAGUCUUGGUUGUAUUCGCCAACCAUCACGUAUAUCUAAAUUCGGUCCUGGAACAUAUGGUUGU